GAAGUCGCUCUGGGGUGGUGUCAGGGGAGGCAAAUGAGUACCAGCCGGUGGUUGGAGCGUCUGGGGUUUGUGAGGGCGUUAUAGCCCUAGCAGGUGAGGGGUUAGAGGGUGCCACGCUGCGGCAGGGUUCGGGCUGCUCCCUGACUCGGAUCCGGAGCUAAACACUGGGGCUCUAGGGUUGAAUUGGGCUGUUUGCUGAAGGUUCUUUCUCUGGCAGCCUAAAAAGAAAUUUACAUUUUGACUUUUUAUUACCAUGGCUUUGGUUCACAAAUUGCUGAAUAUCACUUGUAUUCUCAGGAAAUGCCCGAGGCCAAGUGUUACCUCGUGUCCAGUUUUGGAUACUCGCUUUGCAGCCUAUUGUUCCAGUAGUCUUCAGAAACCAGUGGCUGCUUCUGGCAAAGCCUCUUCCCAGAGGAAGCCUGAAGGGAAUUUGCAAGGACAUCACCAGAAAGAAGAUGCUUUGGAUAUAACUUCUCCUGAGGACAAGCCUGAAGUUAAUUUUGAUAAAGCAAUUAAAGAGGAAAUAAAUGACCAUUUUAGAUAUUUGAAGGAUGAGAUUGUGAAUUAUUGGUUAGGGCCUGAAGGCCGCCCCCUGCAUGAAGUCUUGCUGGAACAAGCCAAGGUUGUGUGGCAGUUCCGUGGCAAAGAAGAUUUAGAUAAGUGGACGGUGACUUCUGAUAAGACGAUUGGUGGCAGAAGUGAAGUGUUCCUGAAAAUGGGCAAGAAUAACCAAAGUGCACUGCUGUAUGGCACUCUGAGCUCUGAAGCACCUCAGGAUGGGGAGAGUGGCCGAAGUGGGUACUGUGCAAUGAUAUCCAAGAUUCCAAGGGGCCCUUUUGAGAGAAAGAAGUCUUAUGAUUGGUCCCAGUUCAACACUCUGUACCUCCGUGUCCGUGGAGAUGGACGGCCUUGGAUGGUGAAUAUCAGAGAGGACACCGAUAUAAUCCAGAGGAAGAGUCAGAUGUACAGUUACUUCAUGUUCACCCGUGGGGGGCCCUAUUGGCAGGAGGUCAAGAUUCCUUUCUCCAAAUUUUUCUUCUCUAAUCAAGGAAGAAUUCGGGAUGCCCAGUACCAGCUUCUUCUUGACAAGAUCUCUUCUAUUGGAUUCACCUUGGCUGACAAAGUGGAUGGUCCAUUCUUCCUAGAAAUAGAUUUUAUUGGAGUGUUUACUGAUCCAACCCACACAGAAGAAUUUGCCUAUGAAAAUUCUCCAGAGUUGAAUCCAAGACUUUUUAAAUAGAGAUCAUGUGGAAUUUCUGUAUUACUAAAUUAAGGGAAGUAAAAUCCAUGACAACACAAAAAUAAUGUGUUUCUUUAAUGGCAUCCAA